UCGAACUGCGUGUCUUUGUACAUACAGACGAUCGAUUCUCCUACASGAGUUUCCAGUAGCUAUGAGAGCUUUUAAAAUUGGAUAUGGCCUGCUGUCGACGUGUGUUCUACUUCUCUUGGUUGUAAAGUCAAGUGUAGCAUACAAUUUGCGUCCCGGCAGUCCCAAUGUCUGCACAUAUUCACGUCCUGAAACCAUCCAACAGAAAGUCAGUGAAUUGCGGUCAUACAGACGAGCUGUUCCAGUGGUUAUCAAUUCAUGUAAUGUCGCUUGUGUACGAUAUGUUCCAAGGACAUUCUACUUUAUUUCAUAUCGUAGCGUUAACCGAGUUAUAAGUCGAACCGUUUACGACUGUUGUACAGGUUGGUCACGUGACCCUACUGGUGGACCUGGCUGUCCUAUUCCCAAUCAGCCGCGGCGUUUGUGUAGUGUCAAGAAUGGAGGUUGUCAGCAGAUUUGCAGCUCUGACCAAAAUAUAGUUAGUUGCGCAUGUCACCGGGGGUUUAGACUAUCCGCUGAUCGUUCUACGUGUUUAGAUAUCAAUGAAUGUCUUGUACGAAACGGUGGGUGUCCGUCGAAGUGUAUCAAUACUCUAGGUUCAUUUAGAUGCGCAUGCUCUGUUGGCUACAGGAAUAUUCUGUCCUUCAAUCAAUGUAUCGACAUUGACGAAUGUAGAGAGGGAACAUCAGGCUGCUCUCAAGGAUGCGUGAACACGAAGGGUUCAUUUCAUUGUUUUUGUCGAACUGGUUUUUGGCUCCAAAGUGACAAGAAAAGCUGUAAAGAAAUCAACAACAAAAGAAGACGAAUAAUACAACAUGCAUCUCAAGUGAAAGCAUUUGAUAUUCACAUCAAACCCAUACAAGGCUUGCAAUCGGUUCAAGCUUGUCCAUACGGUUAUAUUGGUCCAGGAUGUCGAAUCACUUGUGACGACUGCCAGCAUGGAGCUCGGUGUGACAUCAGAGAAGGAAGGUGUCUCUGUCCAACUGGUUGGACCGGUUUGACUUGUAAUAUAUCGUGUGACUCAGAGCAGCUCGGACCAGAUUGUCGGCUGAGGUGCGCAUGCGUGAAUGGAGGCAGCUGUGAUCAUCAAACUGGUUUAUGUACAUGUCCGCCAGGUUAUCAUGGGAGGAAUUGUGAAGAAGUCUGCCCAGAGGGUUCUUAUGGCGUAAGAUGUUCCUUCAAGUGUCAGUGUCAAAGUGGAGAGCCUUGUCGUCAUGACAACGGGGCGUGUAUCUGUAGUCCUGGAUAUACUGGUCGUAAAUGUGAUCAAGUGUGUAAAGACGGACGCUAUGGUAAAAACUGUGGUUUCCCCUGUUCCUGUCAAUCAAACACCACAACACGUUGUCAUCACGUGGACGGCUCGUGUAUCUGUAAACCAGGAUAUCAUGGGACAACGUGUCAAUCAGUUUGCAAGUCAGGUUGGUUUGGGAAAAACUGCCAACGACAGUGCAACUGCUCGAAAGAUGUACAGUGUGAUCCCGUAACGGGAUCUUGUCAAUGUCCCGCGGGACUAGCAGGAGAACGAUGCGAUCAAAAUUGCCAAUCUGGUUGGUUUGGGAAGAACUGUCAACAGCAAUGUAACUGUGCUAGGGAUGUGCACUGUGAUCCCGUAAAUGGAUCUUGUCGUUGUCCCGCAGGACGAACAGGCGAGAGAUGUGAUCAAAGUUGUCAGUCUGGUUGGUUUGGGAAGAACUGUCAACAACAGUGUAAUUGUGACAGGGAUGUAGAGUGUGAUCCUAUAACAGGAUCUUGUCACUGUCCGGCGGGAAGAACAGGCGAGAGAUGUGAUCAAAACUGUAAACAUGGUUUCUAUGGAGAUGGUUGUAUCACGACGUGCAAUUGUCAAGGCAACGAGUCAUGUGACCCUGUGACUGGCCACUGUAUUUGUGGAYCAGGAAGAACAGGUAGAAGAUGUGAACGUGAAUGCCCACAUCAAAGAUACGGUGCCAACUGUAACCAGCGGUGUGAUUGCGUAAAGAAUGCGCAAUGUAAUCCUGUGACUGGCACGUGUAUCUGCCCGCAAGGUUCUACGGGAAGAAGGUGCGAAAAAGCGAUUGGUUGUCUUGAAUCACAUGACUACUGCCUUAACAAUGGCACUUGUCAUGCGUCUACUGCUGUAUGUCAAUGUAAGCCUGGUUGGGUCGGAAAACACUGCGAAAAAAUGUGUGCAACUGGUCAAUAUGGCGACGGAUGUCGUAACAACUGUUCUUGUACUUCGUUUGAGGAAUGCCAUCACCAGACUGGCAAAUGUAGAAGAGUUUGUCCAAAGAAUUUAUAUGGAGUUAACUGCUCUGAAAAGUGCCAAUGUCCCAAGAAUGCUAUCUGUGAUCCAAAAAAUGGAGAUUGUCUUUGUGAGCCUGGUCGAUAUGGAACAAGAUGCGACAAAGUUUGUCCAAAGGGUCAAUAUGGAAGAAACUGCCUGUACAACUGUACUUGCCACAAUGCAGCACCUUGCAACCCAGCUACAGGAAUCUGUAUCUGUCCACCAGGAUGGAUAGGAGCCGAGUGUAAAAAUAAGUGUCCCGACAACACGUACGGAAAGAAUUGUCAGCAAAAAUGUAAAUGUUACCAUGGUAAUUGUGACCACGUGACAGGCGAAUGCCGAUGUAAGCCAGGAUACCAAGGAAAAUACUGCCAAAAAGAAUGCCCGAAAGGCUUGUUUGGUUAUGACUGUACAGGGAUAUGCAUGUGCAAUAACCUUGCCAUCUGUGAUCACGUGAAUGGGAAAUGCCAUUGUGGCGUUGGAAGGACUGGGUUAUAUUGCGAAAAAGCAUGCCCAUUUGGUUACUAUGGUUUCAACUGCGAAGAAUUUUGUAAUUGUCAAAACAAAGCCCCGUGUGAUCCUGUGACAGGAUGCUGCCUGUGUCGGCCGGGAUGGUAUGGUGACAAGUGCCAAUUUCGGUGCCCUUCAGGGCGAUAUGGUUUAUAUUGCACCAAAAAGUGUGACUGCAAAAACGGUGGAUUAUGUGACCCAACGACCGGAAGCUGCCUCUGUAAGCCGGGAUGGACUGGAAAAGAAUGCGAAAAUGAGUGCGCGGCGAAUAAAUAUGGAGCUGAAUGCAUUAAUCCAUGUGAUCAUUGCGAUGCUGUGUUCUGUGAUCCACAGACAGGACGAUGUCAUUGUCCACCCGGUAAGACGGGUUGGAACUGCAAAGAAGAAUGUCCCCAGGGCACCUAUGGCCCGGGAUGUGUGAACCCCUGUACGUGUGCAAAUAACUCCACGUGCGAUUCAAUCAGUGGGAAGUGCAUAUGUCAAGAGGGAUGGACUGGACCCGAAUGCACAAAAGAAAACAAAGUCGAAAGUAAAUAUUCAGACGACCAUUUGUUUACGAUCAACAAACUAUGACGUCAUAAGACUCAAUAAGACUGGAGGAUCUGCUAUAUGUAACCAGCCCUCGUUAUAUCGGCCACAGUCGUUAUUAUAUAUCUUUCUGUAUCAUACGCGGUCGCUUUGGAUUGGGGCCGGCAAUAUAUUCCAACAUUUACUAAAAUAUCUACCUAUCAGCUCUCUCUAAAAUUGAGGUUUUUGUGAUGCAAACGUGGUUUCUCAAGCUAAGUGCUAGGAGGGUUUUGAUGAUGGCAGUGUUGCUGCCGCUUUGCGACUGUCAUCAAGUCUGAAUGUAUUAGGAAAAGAUAGUGGGUGAAGGUUAUGCAACUGUCAUUAAGUUUAAGAUAAAAUGACUGAAUGUAUUAGGCAAAGAUAGUGGGUGAAGGUUAUGCGACUGUCAUUAAGUUUAAGAUAAAAUGACUGAAUGUAUCAGGCAAAGCUAGUGGGUGAAGGUUAUGAUGAUGAUUAUGAAGUGGUACUAUGCCUUUGCGAGUGUGAUUACGUUUAUGAUAAUGAUGAUGCUGGAUAAAAGGGCCAUGGUCAACCAGAAUUCAAUGCGAUCGUACUUUAGAUUUUUCAUUUAUGGAAAAUGAGGUUACUUCGAAUAUCCAUUCGCAAUAUAUUGGAAUUUACACUUUUUCGCUGUAUAUUUACAAGAUCUGUUCAUUUUGAGGCCGUCAGACCGAAGCGGAAAACCGCUUGUUUACCGUAUACCGUUUGGCUUUCCGCUUCGGAAGAAAAAUCGAGAAGAGGUUAAUUCCAACUUCUGGUAAAGGAUUUUCUUAGACGGGUUCUCAGUUUUUUCUCUGCAAUCACUAAACCUCACGAUCAUGAAGUUCUCCUGCAAUCCAUCUAAACCAAAGAAUUUAUUUAGUUAUAAUUAUAAUCUUUUUACCAGGGAAUAAACAAAUAAAAAUAACACCAUUUCAUUUA